AUGGCUCCCAAGGUCUUCCUCACUGGCGCAACAGGCUACAUUGGAGGGGAUGCCCUCUUUGCACUUGUCGAAGCACAUCCAGACUGGGAAUAUACCUGCUUAGUUCGAAACGCCGACAAAGGGGCCAAGGUUGCUGCUGCUUAUCCCACAGUCAGACUCGUUUACGGGACCCUUGACUCGACAGAUUUGCUUGAAGAGGAGGCAGGAAAGGCGGAUAUCGUAUACCAUACUGCGGAUAGUAGUGAUCAUGUUGCUUCUGCUGAAGCAUUUGGGAAGGCAGCCGCUAAGCGGGCUCCUUCAAGCCCUCUUUUCUAUAUCCACACUGGUGGCACAGGAUUGUUGGGGUGGGAAACCACAGAGAAGGACGCGUAUGGCACGGAGCUACCCAGAAUUUAUAACGACUGGGAUGAUAUCAAAGAAGUGACCUCGAUCCCUGAUUUCGCUUCGCACCGUCACGUUGACAAGAUUGUCCUACGCAUGAGCUCAACCAACCCUCAGGCAGUCAAGACUGCCAUUGUUUGCCCGCCUUGCAUUCAUGGUCCGGGAAGAGGUCCAGACAAUCAGCGUUCAAUUCAGGUUUAUGAAGCAGCGAAAGCCAUUCUGAAGAGAAAGCAGGCAUUUCUGCCCUUGAAGGGGGACAAUGUUUGGCAUGAAGUCAACGUACACGACCUCUCUGACGUGUUCAAGCUACUUGGGGAAGCAGCGGCAGCUGGAGGUGGUGAAGCAACUUGGAACGAAGAUGGCUACUAUUUCGCAGAGCAUGGUGAAUUUGUCUGGAAAGAUAUCUUUCAAAGCAUCGCGAAGAUUGCGAAGCAAAAGGGCUUGAUUGAAUCAGACGAGACGCUUAGCCUUCCUGCCGACGAGUUGACCAAAUUGCAUCCGGCUGGCCUAUACCUCUGGGGCUCAAACUCACGAGGGAAAGCAAUCAGAGCAAGGAAAUUGCUGGGAUGGGAAUGUCGUGGAAAAUCUCUCAAAGAAGAUCUUUCCGAAAUCGUUGAGAGAGAGGCUAGAGCACUCGGAUUGAUCGAGGGUCAUGCCGCCAAAGUUACUAAAUAA